AUGAAGUUCUCAAAGACCCAGUCGUACUCGCUGUUCGCUGCCGUGCUCGCUGUCGCAUCUGCCCACCGUGCCACCGUCCAGCCCUUUGGUCCUGAACUCGUUCAGAAGGAAUUCCACACCCCUUCGUCUCUCUCUGAGAGCAACAACUUUGGUAUCUAUAACGACAACCAUGCCUUCUUCACUGGCUCUGCCUCCAACCCUGAGCGUGUUGCUUUGGACUUUGUUGAGCAAAAGUUGACCGAUUCCGACUACAUCGUCAAGAACGCCUAUACCUCCAAGCACAACGGCGUCACCCAUGUCUACCUCCGCCAGCGUGUCGAUGGCCUCGAGGUCAUCAACGGUGACAUCAACGUCAAUGUUGACAAGGACGGCAAUGUCAUCUCCUUUGGCGACUCGUUCUACAAGGGCACCCGCCAGCAAAAGAAGUUGACUAUCAAGCAGUGGCUCCAGCGUGAGGCCGAGAAUUUGCAGGAGCAAGGACGCCAGUUGUCCUUUGGUGGAUGGAGACACCGCAGCCAGCGCCACCAAGAUGAAGAGUCGUUCGACUCUGAGACAAAGGACACCAUCUCGCCUCAGGACGCCCUCCUCUCCUUCGCCCGCUAUCUCAACGUCGAGAUCCCCCGCCCAGAGGACAUGGACAUCGUUUCAACCAACUCCCUUCGCUCCGACAAGGUCGACGUCGUCAUGACAAACUGCCCUCUUACCGCUGACGGCAAAGUCCCCGUCUCCCAGGCCUACAUCCAGACCGAUGAGGGCACCCUCGAGCUCGUCUACGACUUCCAGGUCGAGAUGAAGGACACCGACAACUGGUUCCAUGUCCAAGUCAACGCUGAGACUGGCAAGGUCGUCCAGGUCGUCGAUUGGGUCGCCGAUGCUACCUACAAUGUCUUCCCCAUGGGUACCAAUGAUCCUCAUGACGGCAAGCGCAAGUUGGUCAAGGACCCUCACCAUAUCCCUGCCUCUCCUCUCGGAUGGAACCGCCAGGCCCAGAACAAGAACUUUACCACCACCAUCGGAAACAACGUCUAUGCCGGUGAUAACCGUCGUAACGGCAACGACUGGCAGAACAACCCCAAGCCCGAGGGUACUAUCGACGAGGACGGCGAGUUGGUCUUUGACUUUAAGCUCGAUCUCAAGAAGGACCCCUCGACCUACGUCGACGCGGCCGUGACCAACCUGUUCUACUGGAACAACCAGGUCCACGAUGUCUUCCACCACUACGGCUUCGACGAGGAGUCGGGUAACUUCCAGGAGAACAACUUUGGCAAGGGUGGUCUUGAGAAGGAUGCUGUUAUCGCCAACGCCCAGGACGGAUCUGGUUACAACAACGCCAACUUUGCCACUCCUCCCGAUGGUCAACACGGAAAGAUGCGCAUGUACGUCUGGGAUGUCAGCGAGGUUGCCCGCGAUGGUGAUCUCGAGGCCGGUAUUAUCAUCCACGAGUACGCCCACGGUAUCUCGACCCGUUUGACCGGAGGUCCCGCCAACUCUGGCUGCCUGGGAUGGGGCGAGGCAGGUGGUAUGGGUGAGGGAUGGGGUGACUUCUUUGCCACCAUGUUCCGCCAAAAGCCCAAACACGACUACGACUCUGUCUUUGACAUGGGAUCGUACUCGAACGACGGCCAGGGUAUCCGUCGCUAUGCCUACUCAACCUCGCUUGACACCAACCCCUCGACCUUCAAGAUCAUGGACGGACCCCAGUACUGGGGAGUGCACGCCAAGGGAGAGGUCUGGGCUGAGAUGUUGUACGAGGUCUACCGCAACCUCAACUUGCGCCUGCCCUUCACUCAGGACUGGUACACCAACGACAAGACCCACUUCGCCAACACCUUGGUCCUUCAGUUGGUCACCGACGGAUUGAAGUUGCAGCCCUGCUCGCCCUCGUUCAUCCAGGCCCGUGAUGCCAUUAUCCAAGCCGAGAGGAUCUUGACCAAGGGCAAGUACCACUGCGAUAUCUGGAGAGCCUUCUCCAAGCGUGGAUUGGGAACCAAGGCCAAGGUUGUCGGCGCCAACUCGCCUUGGGGCAGCACCCGUACCGAGAACUUUGACGUCCCCAAGGCUUGUGAUGCCUAA